UUGAAGCAGCGACAACAAUUCCAAGCACUAACAAAGGAACCAAGUGUAAGCUCUGUCGCCAUCCCCCCCCGGUCAGCAGAUGAACUUCAGAACCGCGGUCGCGCCCCUGCCUGCCGCCGCCGCCGCCGCGCUCGAGCGCAAUCGCAACUUCUUCCUGUCGCUCCUCAAUGGAUCCACGACGCUCUCCCACCUCGCCCAAGCCCACGCCCAGAUCGUCGUCGGCGGCUACAGCAACGACGUCUCCACCGUCACCAAGCUCACCCACAAGCUCUGCGACCUCAAGGCCAUCGGCUGCGCCCGCGACCUCUUCCUCUCGGUCUCGAAGCCCGACCUCUUCCUCUUCAACGUCGUCAUCAAGGGCUACGCCAGUAACAACUCGCCGCGGUCGUCCAUCUCCCUGUUCACCCAUCUGCGGAAGAACACCCACCUGCGGCCCGACAACUUCACUUACUUCUUCGCCAUUUCGGCUUCUUCGGGUUUUGCGGAUGAAAAGGUGGGGAAUUUGCUGCAUUCGCAAGCUAUUGUUGAUGGGUUCGGGUUGGAUUUGUUUAUCGGGUCCGCUUUGGUGGAUCUUUACUUGAAGUUCUCGAAAGUGGAGCUUGCGAGGAAGCUGUUUGAUGAGAUGCCUGAGAGGGACACCGUGUUGUGGAACACCAUGAUCUCUGGCUUGGUGAAGAAUUGUUGUUUCGAGGAUUCGGUUUUGGUAUUUAAGGAUAUGGUUGCCGAUGCGGAGAUCCGGUUGGACUCGACGUCUCUUGCGGCUGUGCUCCCGGCUGCAGGGGAGUUGCAGCAAUUGAGGGUAGGUAUGGGGAUUCAAUCUCUGGCUACGAAACUGGGACUUCAUUCGCAUGUCCAUAUACUUACAGGACUAAUAUCAUUUUAUUCCAAAUGCGGGGAUACCGAGACAGCUAGUUUGUUGUUCGACCAGAUCGACAGGCCGGAUUUGGUAUCUUAUAAUGCGAUGAUUUCUGGGUACACGUGCAAUAACAAAACCGGCUCUUCCCUGAGGUUAUUCAAGGAAUUGCUUGCAUUUGGGGAAAGAGCAAAUUCAAGCACAAUUGUGGGAUUGAUUCCUGUGUUCUUUCCCUUUGGUCAUUUGGACCUGACGCUCUGUAUUCACUGUUUCUGUGUAAAAUCUGGCGUUGCUUCAAAUCCUGCCAUUUCAACUGCGUUAACCACUGUGUACAGUAGGUUGAAUGAAAUUGAACUUGCACGGCAGGUUUUUGAUGAAUCUACUGAGAAAAGCUUGGCAUCCUGGAAUGCCAUGAUUUCAGGUUAUACCCAGAAUGGGUUAACGGAUGCUGCUAUUCUUCUUUUCCAAAAUAUGCAGACAUACAAGGUCCAGCCAAAUCCAGUGACAGUGACUAGCAUUCUCUCUGCCUGUGCCCAACUAGGAGCUGUAAGUCUAGGAAAAUGGGUCCACGACCUAGUUAAACGAGAGGGAUUCCAUACCAACAUUUAUGUUAUGACUGCUCUGAUAGACAUGUAUGCGAAGUGCGGGAGCAUUGUGGAGGCACGGAGAAUAUUUGACUCGAUGCAGGAGAAGAAUGUGGUCACUUGGAACUCCAUGAUUUGUGGAUAUGGUCUUCAUGGACAUGGAAAAGAAGCCCUGGAUCUCUUCACCAAGAUGUUGCAAUCUGGGGUUUCACCAUCUGGAGUUACGUUCCUUUCUGUCUUGUAUGCUUGCAGUCACGCUGGCUUGGUGACAGAAGGAGAUAGAAUUUUCCAUUCCAUGGUACAUGAUCACGGUUUUGAGCCCUUAGCUGAACAUUACGCCUGCAUGGUUGACAUUUUCGGCCGAGCUGGAAAGCUAGAGAAGGCCUUAGAGUUUAUAGAGAGAAUGCCGGUGGAGCCAGGGCCUCCUAUCUGGGGUGCACUGCUAGGAGCCUGCAUGAUUCACAAGGACACAAGACUAGCACAUCUGGCCUCUAAAAGGCUAUUUGAGUUGGACCCUGAAAAUGUUGGAUAUUAUGUCUUACUCUCGAAUAUAUACUCUGUGGACAAGAAUUAUCCACAAGCGGCUUCCAUACGACAAGUAGUUCGACGCAGGAGCUUGGCAAAAACUCCUGGCUGCACUUUGAUAGAAGUUGGUGGGGUACCACAUGUCUUUACCUCAGGUGACCAGUCUCAUCCUCAAACCAAAGCAAUCUAUGCAAAGCUGGAAAAUUUAAUGGGGAAGAUGAGGGAAGCUGGAUUUCAGGCAGAGACUGUCACUGCUUUGCACGAUGUGGAAGAUGAAGAGAAAGAGCUAAUGAUGAAGGUUCAUAGUGAGAAACUCGCUAUUGCUUUUGGCCUUAUUUCUACUGAGCCUGGAAGUGAGAUCAGGAUCAUCAAGAAUCUACGGGUUUGUCCAGACUGCCACACUGCUACGAAAUUCAUAUCAAAGAUCACUGGGAGAGACAUUGUUGUUAGAGAUGCCAAUCGUUUCCAUCAUUUUAAGGAUGGCAUUUGUUCUUGUGGAGACUAUUGGUGAAAAGGAAAAAGUCCUCUCGCUGCUCGUUUGGUUGAGAUUGCAGCUGCAUUCAACUUUUCAUUCUGUCAGCCCAUCCGGUCUCCAAACUCUUCAUCAUGGGCUGCUUUGGAUGUCACUGUGAAAUCAGUGUCUACUCCAGCCAAAAUCUUCAGGAUACCCAGUACAACAGCAAACAGAAUGCUCGUCGCAAACAUUGAGAUAAAAAGACCGAUGAAGAAAAGACUGGCAGAAGUGCUAAUCUGUAAAGUGCAAAAGUGGCAUGAUGAACUUGUCUGUGAGCAAGCAAAUGGCCGGUAGAGUACAGUAGGCAAUGAGUGGUAAAGAGGUGAAAGGAUAGAUGGUUGUGUGAACAUAUGCAAACCGUUGAAGCCACUUAAGCUUCCCUCCUUUGUAACCAUACCAGACUGGACAAUGGUGGCUUAAAAAUAUCUCAACAGAGCCAUGUGCCCAACGAAGCACUUGACUGAGCCGAUCUGAAAGAUUGAUUGGAGCAGAUCCCUUGAAUGCUGGUCUCUUUGGCAUACAAUAUAUGGACCUCCAACCGCGGCAAUGCAUCUUGAAGCCUGUUAGGAUAUCCUCUGUAAUAGAACCGUAAAUCCAGCCCAGCUGCAAGCAGAAAUUUCAGAGUCAUCAAGUUUCAGUAAGGAUAUGUAAAUGCUAAUGCCAAGCAGGGCUGCUGGACUUGAAGAAGGGGGUACACCACCCUGGUCCAUCAAAGUUGAAGUUGCGAAUAUCGCUGACUGCCCAAACUUCUCGAAAUUUAUCUGGGACUUCAAUAGCUCCUUGUUAUCAUCCACUCCUAAUCAAGAGGUGAAGAAGGGUUCUAGUUUAGUGAUGGAGGAAAUUACAAGCAAAGACGGAAGGAUAUUGGCAUGCAGGUACCGUAUAUGCUGGUAAAAAAGAAACAGUUUGAAAACCUUGCAGAUUUGCAGCUUCCCCAUUGGCACCAUGCUUAGAAUACUUUGGGAGCGUUUUCCGGUGGCCAAAGCAUGGGCAGCAAUCGCAGCUUACCAUCUUAGGACGCUUAGGACCCUUGGGGGGUUCGUAGCCAUAUAAUGCUUUUCUUCGGAAGACACAUCCAGUGCCCACAUAGACUGGGCCCUGGAUUCCAUCUAGACCUUUCAUGUUGAUCUGCAGAAAUAAGAAAGGCAAACCUGAUUCAUUUCUUACUGAAGGAACGGUGGCAUAUAAGCGUAUUUUCUGAUCACUCUCAAGAAAGGCUUACAUCAAAGAAAACCGUGUUUCUGUUGGCAUAUCGGUCAUGCCUAUCAAUGCCAUCAAAUCUUUGAGGGAAUUGGACAUAGCAAACCUUUGCUCCUAUCUUAGGGUCCAUUAAGAAGCACAUCGCCUCACGUACAGCUUUGCUGUUAUUUAUGUAGUGGUCACAAUCCAAGUUCAGCAUGAAAGGAGCAUUUGUAAGCACGCCGGAGACACGAACCUUAGGAAUUGGAGGCAUUAAAGCAUGAGUUAUGAGGAAGCCAGGCUAAGAAAAAGGCUGAUUCAAUUUCGAGUAGAAGUUGAGAUCAUUUACCAAGGCAUUCAUGGCACCAGCUUUCUUGUGAUGUUGGAAGCCAGGCCUCUUCUCACGAGACACAUAAACAAGGUGAGGGAGCUCGUUUCCUUCUGCAUCAAGAUCUCCACUGGGUCCAAGGAAGACUUGAAUCAUACCUGGACGAUCCUUUGUGUUGUUUCCUGGCCAUGGUGUCCCAUCUUGCAUGAUCCAUCCCUCUGGAGGUACAAUUGAAGCUUUAGCGACCAAGGCAUUGAUCCGCACUUUGAAUUCUUCAUAUUCCCUCUGCCAAAUGAAAAGCACAAUUAGAUCUCGAUUGCAAUGGUAGGAUUUACUCUUAUCUGUCAGUCUGAGAAGCUAUCUAGAAACCUUCAUUGCUCGCCGCUCUUUGACAAAGGUUGGCUGGACUUUGUCUUGGAGAUAAUCAAUCUUCAAAGUGAAGUACAUUUCCGGGUUUCGAGGCUCUAUAGAGAACUUUUUGCAGAAGGGUACCCAUUUUCUAGCAAACUCGGCCGUUUCAGACAAAGAAUCAAAGGUGAGCAUGGAAGCUCCAUCAUCGUGAACAUAGCAUGAGAUCUUAUCGACUGGAUAAUCCAUAGCCAAUAUCGAUAGAACUGUGUUCGCAGUCACAAGUGGGGGCUCCUUCAUAGGAUCCACUGUAGUCACAAAGAUAUCCGCUGGGGAAAGCAUAUUAGGUUCACCUUCCCUUUCAUAUCUGCGCAUAAGCAAAAGAAUUAUACUGCAAGGAAAAGAUACAUCUACUUUUUAUAAUUCUGGCAAUUAAGCUUAGUGCCUUGAAUCAUAAGAUCAAGCAGCUAGGAGGAUAAAGUUGGGUAGAAAGGCUGCUUUCAAGGAUCAAUCCCAUAAUAUACAUUUCGAUAUGCUUACUUUCUUUCCUAGUGACAUUCUUCUGUCUGCUUCUUAGACAUAUGAGAAUACUUUCAUUUUACUUUAAGUGAUACAACGUAUGGUGUACAGGAGAUAAAUCAUAUCAUUGAUUACUGAGAUGUAGUUUUUGUUUCUUAUUUCACAGUGAUUGUUUUUGUCAAAACCUUUUAGUAAGGUUGCCUAUUGUGAGCUGUUAUGUCCAGGAUUCGACUA